UAUUUUGAAGGUUGUCGUCUCAGGAAGUGCUAAAUUAUUUUCACCGCUAGCUUAAAAUGGUUUUACAUCCGAAGACUUUGUAAACAAACGGUGUUUACGGUAUUGUAGUGAAAACAAAUCAGAGCAGCAUGUUGAGAACGGGGAAUAUUAAGUGAACAGCGAGGAAGUGAAACAUUAAAAUGUUUCCGGUGAAGAACAUGGAAGACGACGAGCGGCUACAGCUCGAAGGGAACCCGGACUGGAUGUCGCGUCUGCCCGCAGAGCUGCUGGAUGUCCCGCUGUGGAACCUGGCCAUACCCGGGAGCCAUGACAGCAUGUCUUUCUGCCUGGACAUCUCCUCCCCUGUCCUGAGAUCAGAGCCCUGCGUCCUCAGAGUGAUUGACAGGCUGUUUCCCUGCUGGACUCGACCCUGUGUGUACCGCUGGGCUACCACACAGCAAUCGGUCCUCAGUGAUCAGUGUGAUCUUGGUAUUCGGUUCUUGGACCUGCGGAUCGCCAGGAAACCAGCAGGAGGCAAAUUGUUUUUCGCCCAUGGCAUCUACACACUGAUGACAGUGAAGGAGGCUCUGGAUGAACUGGCUACCUGGUUAGAUGCUCAUCCCAAAGAGAUCGUAAUCAUUUCCUGCUCGCAUUUUGCGUCGCUGACCGACGAAGAUCACGAGCACCUCGUGGAGUACAUCAUCACGCUGUUUGGAAAGAAACUCUGCUCCUCUCAGGACAUUCCCACUCUGCGGUCCUGUUGGUCCAGAAGUCAGCAGAUCGUUGUUUCUUAUGGCAACCAGCAGAUGGUGCUGCAGCACCCCGAGCUGUGGACUGGAAUACCUUACUGGUAUGCCGACAGCCCAGACCCUAAGAAGGUGAUCGCCUACCUGGAGGACCAGAAGCACAGAGGAAGACCAGCUGGUUUCUACGUCAGCGGGCUGAACCUGACAGAAGACGCUCCGUACGUCCUCCUCCAUCCCCUCCAGGACAUGAGGAAGAUGACGAUGAGUGCUCUCUCACUGCUGCUCCGCUGGGCGGGCGAGCAGCAGCCGGGGCGCGGAGCGGGGGGGGUCAACAUCCUCUGCUGCGACUUCGUGGACGUCAGUCAGUUCUGCUCUCUUGUGAUUGGCCUGAACUACAAACUGCAGGGCGGAGCCAGCGCGUCCCGUCUGCAGGAUGCCAAGAGCAGCCUCGCAUGGGGUUGACAUAAAAAACACUAAUCUGCC